AAUAAAACCCCUUCCCCAACAAAUAAAAACCCGAACCCAGAAACCCAUUACUGCUGAAACUAACGCGCCCUACCACCAAACCCGAAACAAAGAUCUGUGCUCUGGUCCAGGGAUUUCUCCGGCGACGAUCUGCUCCAGCGACUGCUCCGGCGACGGUCUUCUCAGUGGCAUUAUUCUCCGACGAGAUUGUGUGCUCUCUCCAACGAUGAUCUCCUCUGGCAGGUUCUCCUCCGGCGUCGCGUUCUCCUCCUGCUAUAAUCUCCGUGUAAGAGCAAGUUGUAGAAACUUCAUAAAACUAUGAGAUCUGUUGCGCAAGUGUUUCCUCCAACGAUCUUCUCCAGCAGCGAUCUUCUCCGGUGGUGAUCUCCUCCAUCAAUGCAUCUCUUCCAUUAAUGAGAUCUGUUGCGCAAGUGUUUCCUGCGGCAUCGAGUUGUGUUCUGCGACUUCUCCAUCUCCAUCGAGCUUCGUUGAGCAUCUAGGUUUUCGAUUUUCUUCACUGUCAGAAGAAAUUGGAGGACGUGAAGCAGCUACAAGAAGUGAAGAUUCUAGAAACUGAAAGCAAAAGGAAAAGCACGGAGUCUGUUGUGUAUGUUGAGAAAUCUGAGGUGUGCGAAGAGGAAGAUGUGUCAGAAACUUAGUCAAAUUCGGGGAUGGAAACUCGUACGGAGUCUCAAAAGCACUGAGUAGGUUGGUGCUGCUUGAAGUGGAGGCAAGAGUGUCUGAGAAGAACGUCCUCAUUCGGAUCCACUGUGAGAAACACAAAGGAGUGUUGAUGUACAUUCUCAAGCUCAUUGACAAACUCCAUCUCUCUGUUCUUAACACCACUUCCUUGCCUUUUGGAACCUCCAUUGUUGACAUAACCAUCACUGCCAAGGUGAUUAAUGUUUCGUCACCCAAUACUCCUGGCUUGCGCAUGCUUCAAGGAAGAAAGCAAUUGAAGGAUCUUGUGAAGAAGGUACAAGCUGCUUGUGAUGAAAUGCAAUGGGGGUGACGAGGGUCCACCUCCGUUGCUGGUAAAAAUUGCUCCAGAUUUGUCAAAAGACGACCUUGAAGACAUUGCUGCAGUUGCUGUGGACCUUAAUAUUAGUCUAUACACUUUGAUUAUAUCAAAUACAACCAUUUCCAGACCAGAUACUGUUAGUAGCAAUCCAUUAGCUUCAGAAGCUGGUGGGUUGAGUGGGAAGCCUCUUCUUGAUCUCUCUACCAAUAUCUUGAAGCAGAUGUAUAUCUUGACACAGGGCAAGAUUCCUUUAAUUGGCUGUGGGGGCAUUAGCAGUGGUGAGGAUGCAUACAAGAAAAUAAGAUCUGGAGCAACUCUUGUUCAGCUAUAUACUGCUUUCGCUUAUGGGGGACCUGCACUUAUUCCACAAAUGAAGGUAUUAAAAGUUGCACAUGUUCAAGAUUGGGGUAUAUGUCUACUAAAUUUUUGUCUUUACAUUCACAGAUUUUGCUACCAUUUGGCUUAGAUAAGUUUUUUAUCACCAGGGAGAGUAUUGACAUGUAUAUUGAUAUGUCUUCUAGUCAAGUGUUCAUCAUGUAUCUUUUGUAUUAUGUUCUUUCUCUCUAAAUACUUUUCACUGCUGCAUCUAACUUUCAAAUUUCAAUACAUAUCAUUAUAUCAAUUGCAAAUUAUGUAUUAAUUCUUUCUCAUUAAAAUCUUCUUUUAAACUCAAAAAAAGAAAAAGUAAUAAUUAAGCUAUUAUAUUUUUAAACCCCACUUAUUGCCAGCUUAUUAUAUUUCUAGUAAUAUGGCAUAAACGUGACAUAAGAGUGUUUAUUCAAUAUUAGUCACUACCGAAAUACGAUUCUUUAUUAUUGAUAGUGUUGACAUUAAUAAAACCAUUAAUUUAAUAAUUCAAUGUGUUUAAAAAAAUUCUAAUUCUUUCUAUGUGGCUAUUUAUCAUUCUCUAGUAGUGAAGACUCUUUCUUCGUGCAACAAUCGAUUUCAAUAAGCCUAGCUACUUGGAGAAAUUAAAUUAAAUUCAUAAUAAUUCAUAAUAGAAUAAUGUACACAUAAUUAAUAAUGCAUCUAUUCUAUAACUAUAAUACUAAAGAAUUAAACCUAUAACAAGUAAUUUCAAUUCAGUCAAUAUUAUAACAAGUUGUUGGAUAUAGAUUUCAGACAUUUUUUAGUUGAAUUUUGAAUUUUUUUUAAUUUUGAAUUUUUUUUAUAUUAAAGAUUAGCUACAAUAUUAAUUGUGUAAUGUUGGCUUCAAUGUUAUGCAAUAAUUAAGAAAAAUUAUAUUUGCAUGAAGACAUUGGCUUGCCCUUGCCAAAGGUUGCUAGUUCUAGCCACAAACGUGACAUGAGA